UGCAGUCACCAAAAUAUUAAGCGAAAGUCUAUUUGAGAAGGGAGCAGGCAAUAAACGUGUCGAGCUUGUACUGAUACCAUAGCCGCAUACCUCCCACAAUGUCAUCCUCGACGAUCUUCAAGAUCCAACCUGGGAUUCAGGAUUAUUCAUGGGGAAAGAAAGGCUCAACGUCUCUGGCAGCUCAAUUGGCAGCUGUGUCUGUCCCAGAUUUCGAGGUUAACGAGGACAAGACAUAUGCCGAACUAUGGAUGGGGACACACCCAAAUGUUCCGUCAAAGCUUGACGCCUCUACGACCCUGUCCUCUCACCUGGCAGCCAACUCCUCUCUCAUCGGGGACAAGAUCAUCUCCGCCUUCCCGGAAUCCAAGGACGGCUCUCUGCCAUUCCUGUUCAAAGUUUUGAGUAUAGGAACGGCCCUCAGUAUCCAAGCCCACCCAGAUAAAGCUUUGGCCAAAAAGUUAUUCGAAGAGCAUCCUGACAUCUACAAAGACCCCAACCACAAACCUGAAAUGGCGAUCGCCCUAACUCCUUUCCUCGCCUUCCUCAACUUCUUACCUCUUCAAACCUUGCUGCUCAACCUUCUCUCGGUGCCCGAGCUGGAUCCUCUCAUCCCCGCCGAGCUUACUUCCGAGCUCGCCGUCUCUCUAACUCUCCCCGACACUAGGCCUCCCACCGCUCUGUUGUUCGAGCCGACUAUCUCAGGACCUACGGAUGAUCAGAAAGCUAUCCUCAAGAAAAUCUUUGGAGCUCUCAUGUCCGCUGACCCUGAGAAGGUCAAAACGAGCAUCGAGACCUUGGUGGCGCGAUACAAAGCAUCCCAAUCCGGCGAGGAAGGAGCUAGUAUCGCGGAAGCUGAGAAAAGCCUGGUCGAUCUCACCCUGAUGCUCAAUGAUCAGUACCCUGGUGAUGUCGGUGUCCUGUGUGUUUUCAUUCUCAACGUUGUCGAGCUCAACAGAGGAGAGGCUGCUUUUUUGGGAGCUGACAUGCCCCAUGCGUACAUCAGCGGAGACAUCAUCGAGUGCAUGGCAACUUCCGACAACGUUGUUCGAGCUGGAUUGACUCCCAAACUCCGGGACGUCUCUACAUUGGUUGAAAUGCUCACGUACGAAGCUGGAUCGGGAUCGAAGCAGCUAUUGAAACCGACAUCAUUCGGAUCUGAAGGGGACAAGUCUGCCCUUUUGUACGACCCGCCCAUUGCAGAGUUCUCCGUGCUUGGUAUCCAGCUUGAAGCUGGACAAUCGACAAUCAACAGGGCUAUCCAGGGCCCAAGUCUGGUCGUCGUCACAGAGGGCCAAGGCACAGUAUCCUCCGGAGGAGACAAGAUUGAGUUCAAACGUGGAGAAGUGCUCUUCCUCGGUGCCGGUGAUGAAGUACAUUGGGAAGCAACGGACAAAGUCGAGCUGUACCGAGCAUUCGUGGAGGCAGGCGGUCAAAAUUAGUAUACGAAACGCAAAUCCGGAGAGCCUGAUUGAGGAAAACGAGUAGACUACCACUUCUUUCAGGCGGUCGCUUCUCACCAGUUGGCCGCAGAGUUCGUCAUCCAAUGCAUUAGAAGGUUAUUAAAGGGACACAGAUUAUAGCCACGUUGACGAAAAGUGCCACAAAUGAAUUUUGCCG